UCUAGCUUAGAAAUAUUUAUGUUAUUUUUGUUUUACUGCUAAAAUUACAGUUGCAAUCCGGGGUGUCGUUGUUGUUGCUAUCCGGGAUCUUUAUUGUCUGCUCUUUCCACAGUUGGCUUUGCAGUUAGAGCGUACGUUCGUCUAGAAGCGUGCCGCAGUUGGCAUUCCGGAUCAGCUAUGUCAAAAACUGACGUGCUAAAGGAAGGGACGUUUCAUAAGUUUCCAACAUCUGGUAGGAGGGGGAGGACGAAGAAACGACUGUUUCAACUGACCAACAGCCAGCUGUCUUACUACACUAUAGAGGCGAAGACGAAGAAGGCUCCUCUUGAGAAGGGGAGAAUCCCUUUAGUGGAUAUUGUAACUGUCGAAAGAAUUUCGUAUGACGGCGCGCAAGAGAAAUUUGCUUUCUGUGUGUUGUUUACAGAACUGAACAUCACAAAAAAGCUGACAAUGUUAGGGAGCUCUGAUAAGGAAGUACAAGACUGGAUGCAAGCUAUUGAAGCAGCUAAGAAACGAUUGAGUGAAAGUCAGGCCAAGACAAAUUCUUUGAGACGAGAAGGUUUCCUAGAUACGACUUCUGCUUCUAUUGAAGAACUAGAACUGAAAGAUCAGGAAACAGAGGGAGAAGAAGAAGAAGAAACGUGGCUGUCUUCCACACUGGACAAAGAACCCGUUGUUGUAGAUCAAGCAGAUGAUGAGAAUAAGCACGAUCAACAGAAGAUAGCUGAUGAGGAGGUAACCACUUCAGAUGCACUCUCACUAUCAGACAGCUCUCCCAGUUUAGCGGCCAGUGUUGUUUCGGGAACAAGCUUUUUAUCAUCCAGCAGUGGAGUCAGUUCUGCAUACUCAGGGAGGAACUCGGCAAGUUUUGAGCCGCCAAUUGAGGAAUCAGAGUUUGCUGCUAUGGAAACUGCAGGUUCCAAAGGUACUGGUGAUGAUGCUGGUGAUGAUGCUCAACUGCCAAGGGACAAUGGCAACAAGGUCAUGAGGGUUCUUUCAAAUGUUCCCGAGGAAGUUCUACCUACAUCAGAAGAGAAUGGUGAGGUUUUAUCUAUAGCGGAAGACAAUGGCGAGAUUGUAUCUAUGCCAGAAGGGAAUGUCGAGGUUCUAUCUAUGCCAGAAGGAAAUGACAAUAGCACUGAUGUGGAUGUAGAUCUCACAGUCUCUUUGGAAUUGCAAGAGAUUUCUUCACCUGGUGAACCUGUGCAGCAAGAGACUGAGAUGUGUAGCCCAGUGAGUUCUCGCACACUGGGAAGAAUGAAGCGUGGGUCUGGUGCUUGUUUGUACCAUGAAACAAAUGUGUUGGAUGUGCUAACAGAUGGACAGACACUUCUUCAUGUGGCCUGUCAGCAAGGCAACAUUAGCAAGGUCAAAGAAUUGCUGGAUGGUGGAGCAAAUUGGUCUAUCUGUGACACCAAGAAACAUCAACCUUGCCUAUUUCAUGCUUACAUUCAUGAUCACAAAGAAGUCUUAGAAGUUCUACUCGAUCACGGAUGUGACCCUGACAUCGAGGAGCAGAGACACGGCACUCGACUUCUUCAUCAGUGCGCACAGAAGGGUGAUACUAUUACGGCUGAAUGUCUGCUGAAGCACAAUGCUCAAAUUGAUGCACUGGACUAUCAUGACAAGACAUCUUUACGAGUUGCAUGUGAGUCAAGCAAGUUCUCGAUGGUCGAGCUUCUGCUAGAUGGAGGAGCCAAUGUCAAUCAGUUUGGCAAUGGACAAACUUGUCUACAUAUUGCUGGUGCUCGUGGUGAUCAGGAGUUGGUAGAAUUGCUCUUGAGACAUGGAGCUAAUGUCUUGAGUAAAGAUCAAUCAGAACAGCGCACCCCGUAUGAUUUGGCAGUCAGCAACAAGCACGAUCAGGUUGCUGAAAUGCUGCGUGCAGCUCAACCAGAAGAAUUAAGGGCUUACGGUCACACUCAUUCUUUGAAAGGCCAUAACGCAGAUGUUUCAGCACUGGCUUAUUCUGGGAUGGGUUAUGUUGCCACAGGAGAUGGCAAUGGAAUGAUUAUUAUUUGGGAUCCAGUUGAGGGCAAGCAACUGCACUCGUUGCGUCUGGAUAAUGCUGUUCUUUGUAUAUCGUUUUGGAACUCAUGCAUGAUUGUCAGUACUGAAGUUGUCACUGUCUAUGAUUUGGAACGAAUUGGCUGGAAGCUGGAACUUAAUACACGUGGUUCUGUCUCAGAAGAGGAUCGACCACUGCAACUUGUAGCAGUGUCACCGGAUGGCCUACUAGCAGUAGUUGAUAUCGACAGCAACCAGAUUGAGCUUUGGUCUACUGGUAGUGUAGAUGGAUUCGUGAGGAGACCUAUUCGAACUAUUGUUGCUGACUCUGUUUUAGGAGACAAAGAUGGUGUAUGCCACAGCUUGGCAUUUUCUCCUGAUGUGGCUAAUCCUUUAUUGGCCGCAAGUAUACAGCCUGGAAGUCGGCUCAGUCCUGAAGGAAAUAAUCUCAUACACUUGUAUAAUUGGCAAACAGGGAAGUUCAAGAGAGUUAUCGAUGUAGGCUCAUCGUCUGAUGCUUCUGAUGUUUGUAUGGUAUUUUCACCAUUUGGCAGGUACUUGUCAGCAGGUACUUGUCAUGGAGUAGUGUUGGUUUGGGAAAUGAGUGGUGUCCACAGGCUCUUGCAUCGACUGGUAACUGCAGAUGGCUGUGCAGUUAACUCAGUAGCGAUUAGUGCUGAUGGAACCCAACUAGCUGCUGCAUGCGAUUCAGGCACUAUUCAAGUGUUUGAUGUUCGAAACGGGGCAUCUCUCUUUACACUUACAGAACAUCAGAAAUCUGUGAGAGCAUUGUGCUAUUCUCCCAGUGGUUGCUUCUUCAUAUCAACAAGUGAUGACAAAACUGUCAAAGUGUGGAAAGUGUCUGAUAGAGAAACUGUAAUGCCAUCAGCUGAUUGUGAUGUGCAACCAUCAUACCCUCCCUCAAGAGCUGUCACAGCAACUGGUAACCUGACUGAACUCAGUCAUUGCUUUUGGGAGCAGGAGUUUGAACGGUUUGACGAGGACAGGGACGGUAUGCUCAAGCAUAGUGAAUUUAACAAAUUCUAUUUGGAGUAUAUGGAUGAACACAUACUUCCCGAUGACUUUACUGGACUGCUUCGUCGCCGCAGUCUAUCUUCAGAUAGUGGAGUAACUCGUGACGUUCUGUAUCAAAUAGUUGCCCAGCAAUUUUUGAACGACUGCGAAGGCAUGUGGAAGAAAUGGACGGACCACGGGCUGACGGUGGACGUGAUAUAUUGUUAAGGAAGACCUGAAUAGAGUGGUACAUUGAUAGAUGGAGGGUUUGUAUAUGUCUUCGUAUUCUGGAGAUUUACUUGGGUGGAUCAGUUCUGUUAGUUAUUGAGUGAUUGUUGUAGUUUUUACAAGAUGAACGUUAGUGUAUAGAAUUUUUAUGACAUGACGUACUAUACCCAUAUAGAGACAUGAUGUGGUCGAUCUCUCUA